UUGGCUGCUACGAAACCAACUGUCAAAUCCGUGACGUGGCCUGGCCAAACGAUUUUCCAAUAAGACUUGCUUGUGUUAUAAUAAUUUUUAAGGUAAUAAACACAGUUGAAAGCGUCGCAAAGUACUCAAACGAUGACCACCUACGAGGAGUUCAUCCAGCAGAAUGAGGAUCGCGACGGUGUCCGUCUAACAUGGAAUGUAUGGCCCUCCAGUCGCAUCGAUGCCAGUCGCCUAGUUGUGCCACUUGCGUGUCUCUAUCAGCCCCUCAAGGAGCGUCCCGACUUGCCACCGAUUCAAUAUGAACCCGUUUUGUGCACGCGUAGCAACUGCCGUGCCAUCCUUAAUCCCCUCUGCCAGGUGGAUUAUCGUGCGAAGCUCUGGGUCUGCAACUUUUGCUUCCAACGCAAUCCAUUUCCGCCACAAUAUGCAGCCAUAUCGGAGCAGCACCAGCCUGCCGAGCUGAUUCCCGGUUUCAGCACCAUUGAGUACACCAUUACCCGAGCACCGACGAUGCCGCCCGUUUUCAUCUUUUUGGUGGACACCUGCAUGGAUGAGGAGGAGCUGGAUGCUCUGAAGGAUUCGCUGCAGAUGUCGCUGAGUCUGUUGCCGCCCAAUGCGUUGGUGGGCCUCAUCACCUUCGGCAAGAUGAUUCAGGUGCAUGAGCUGGGCACCGAUGGUUGCUCCAAGAGUUAUGUGUUCCGCGGCACCAAGGAUUUAACAGCGAAGCAGGUGCAAGAUAUGCUAGGCAUUGGACGUGGUGGUGCACCGGCGCCACAUCAGCAGCCAGGUCAGCCGGGUCAGAUGCCACCGAAUGUGCCGGGUGGUGGUCCUGGGGGUGCCGGGGGGCAACAGCAGCAUUUGCCGCCCGCUCAUCGCUUCCUUCAGCCGAUCAGCCAGUGCGACACGGCACUGGGUGAUCUGCUGAGCGAGCUGCAACGUGACCCUUGGCCAGUGCCGCAGGGCAAGCGCUAUCUGCGCUCCACGGGCGCUGCUCUCUCGAUUGCAGUCGGCCUGCUGGAGUGCACGUACCCGAAUACGGGCGGUCGCAUUAUGACAUUCGUCGGUGGCCCUUGCUCCCAGGGCCCCGGCCAAGUGGUCGACGAUGAGCUCAAGCAUCCCAUACGUUCGCAUCAUGAUAUCCACAAGGAUAAUGCCAAAUUCAUGAAGAAGGCCAUCAAGCAUUUUGAUGCGCUGGCGCUGCGCGCCGCCACAAAUGGCCAUGGCAUCGAUAUAUAUUCAUGCGCCCUCGACCAAACGGGCCUCAUGGAGAUGAAGCAGCUGUGCAACUCCACUGGCGGCCACAUGGUCAUGGGCGAUUCAUUCAAUUCGUCGCUGUUUAAGCAGACAUUCCAGCGCGUCUUUGCGCGCGACAGUCGCAACGAUCUGAAGAUGGCAUUCAAUGCCACACUGGAGGUGAAGUGCUCGCGCGAGCUGAAAAUCUCUGGCGGCAUCGGCUCGUGUGUGUCGCUGAAUGUGAAGAGCCCGUCGGUGUCGGAUGUGGAGAUCGGCAUGGGAAAUACGGUCCAAUGGAAACUCUGUACUCUAAAUCCCAGCUCCACCUUUGCCUAUUUCUUUGAGGUGGUCAAUCAGCAUUCGGCGCCCAUACCCCAAGGUGGACGCGGUUGCAUCCAGUUCAUCACACAAUACCAGCAUCCAAGCGGUCAGCGGCGCAUACGCGUCACCACGCUGGCCAGAAACUGGGCGGACGCCAAUUCGAAUGUGCAGCACAUUAGCGCUGGCUUUGACCAGGAGGCGGCCGCUGUGCUCAUGGCCCGCAUGGUUGUCUACCGCGCCGAGACGGAUGAGGGACCGGACAUCUUACGCUGGGUGGAUCGCCAACUGAUUCGCUUGUGUCAGAAGUUUGGCGAGUACUCGAAGGAUGAUCCGAAUAGUUUCCGCCUGUCGCAGAACUUUAGCUUGUUUCCACAGUUUAUGUAUCAUCUGCGAAGAUCGCAGUUCCUGCAGGUCUUCAACAAUUCGCCCGACGAGACCACAUUCUAUCGACACAUGCUGAUGCGCGAGGACCUCACCCAGUCAUUGAUCAUGAUCCAGCCCAUUCUUUACAGCUAUUCGUUCAAUGGGCCGCCGGAGCCGGUGCUGCUCGAUACGGCCUCGAUUCAAGCGGAUCGCAUACUGCUGAUGGACACCUUUUUCCAGAUACUCAUCUAUCAUGGCGAAACGAUUGCCCAAUGGCGUGCCCUCAAAUACCAGGACAUGCCCGAGUAUGAGAAUUUCAAGCAGCUGCUUCAGGCGCCCGUCGACGAUGCCCAAGAGAUAUUGCAGACGCGGUUCCCAAUGCCGCGAUAUAUUGACACCGAGCACGGCGGAUCGCAGGCACGUUUCCUGCUCUCUAAGGUCAAUCCCUCGCAGACGCACAACAACAUGUAUGCCUAUGGACAGCCGCCAAUUGGCCAGAUGACGGAUGGUGGUGCUCCCGUGCUCACGGAUGAUGUGUCGCUGCAGCUGUUCAUGGAGCAUCUGAAGAAACUGGCCGUCUCCUCGACCACAUAAAUUGGCAUCAAUAUUGAGAGUUGCGCCACGAGUUGAGAACUUGACCAACAACUAGCAUGCCUACCAAUAUUCUUUAACCAUAUAUAAAUACAUGUAGAUUCCGAUCGAUGGCCUGAAAACACAAUAAACUACAUUCAUCCAUUUA